CGAACAAAGGGAGAGCGAGAAGCGACACGAAGGAGCCACUUUCCCCCUCUGCGGCUCUGCCCCCUUCCGCCCUCCGAAGGCUCCGGCGCCGUCGACCGCGAUCCCGGCGGCUACUAGACCUUCCGCUCCUUCUUUUCCAACGCUGAGUCCCCCCUGUUGGGUUGGAGACCGGAGCCGACGGUGCGGCAUGACGAUCGGUUCGGGAGGAUCUAGCGUUGUGGUUCCGCGCAACUUCAGAUUGCUGGAAGAGCUUGAGCGAGGAGAAAAGGGAAUUGGAGAUGGCACAGUUAGCUACGGGAUGGAUGAUGGUGACGACAUCUACAUGCGGUCCUGGACGGGGACGAUCAUAGGACCUCAUAAUUCCGUUCAUGAAGGGCGCAUCUAUCAACUGAAGCUGUUCUGCGACAAGGAUUACCCUGACAAGCCUCCCAGUGUUAGGUUUCACUCACGAAUCAACAUGACAUGCGUAAAUCAUGAAACUGGAGUGGUUGAACCAAAAAAAUUUGGCAUGUUGGCAAGUUGGCAGCGGGAGUACACAAUGGAGGACAUACUGACACAGUUGAAAAAGGAAAUGGCUGCUCCUCAUAACCGAAAAUUAGUUCAGCCGCCAGAAGGCACUUACUUUUAGUCCAUAGCUUGCUGCGUCGUCUGUGGAGUCAUGGUGCUGAUCGCAUGAUGGAGCAAGAAACGUUCAUUCCGUUGGUUAAAGUUGGGAAUAUUCAAAGAAGCAGUGUGGGGGAACCCGGUCAGAACCGAUGAAAGGUGUGAACACGGUAAGUUGAUUGUCAUGUUUCUAGAAAGAAGGUUUGAGAGUCUGUUGCGUUAAUCAGAAACUUCAAAUGUGUAGUAGAACUCAUGAAUUAAUCAGUGUCCGUCCUUCUCCUGCGUUGUUUUACUUUGUGUGGUCUACUUGGUCCAAGUAAUGUGAAACCUCUUUAUGUUAAGCACGUUAUAAGACACUCAUCAAAUUAGAAGAAAGCCUUUGGAAAUUGGAGGUUAACAUUGA